ACCAGCAGGCCAUAUUUAUUGAUAUAUUAGACCAGCAGUCAGUAGUUAUUGAUAUAUUGGACCAGCAGUCAGUAUUUAUUUAUAUAUUAGACCAGCAGUCACUGUUUAUUGAUAUAUUAGACCAGCAGUCACUGUUUAUUGAUAUAUUAGACCAGCAGUCAGUAUUUAUUGAUAUAUUAGACCAGCAGUCACUGUUUAUUGCAAUAUUAGACCAGCAGUCCAUAUUUAUUGAUAUAUUAGACCAGCAGUCACUAUUUAUUGAUAUAUUAGACCAGCAUUCAGUAGUUAUUGAUAUAUUGGACCAGCAGUCAGUAUUUAUUUAUAUAUUAGACCAGCAGUCACUGUUUAUUGAUAUAUUAGACCAGCAGUCAGUAUGUAUUGAUAUAUUGGACCAGCAGUCAGUAUUUAUUGAUAUAUUAGACCAGCAGUCACUGUUUAUUGCAAUAUUAGACCAGCAGUCCAUAUUUAUUGAUAUAUUAGACCAGCAGUCGUUAUUUAUUGAUAUAUUAGACCAGUCAGUAGUUAUUGAUAUAUUGGACCAGCAGUCAGUAUUUAUUUAUAUAUUAGACCAGCAGUCACUGUUUAUUGAUAUAUUAGACCAGCAGUCAGUAUGUAUUGAUAUAUUGGACCAGCAGUCAGUAUUUAUUGAUAUAUUAGACCAGCAGUCACUGUUUAUUGAUAUAUUAGACCAGCAGUCCAUAUUUAUUGAUAUAUUAGACCAGCAGUCACUGUUUAUUGAUAUAUUAGACCAGCAGUCGUUAUUUAUUGAUAUAUCAGACCAGCAGUCACUGUUUAUUGAUAUACUAGACCAGCAGUCACUGUUUAUUGAUAUAUUAGACCAGCA